AUGAUAGCUUCGGAUAGUGGAUUGCCGACUGGCAUGGUUCUCCCAAGGUGGGUGCCGAUCGGCGAUGCUCGAAUUCGAGCAAGGCUUGUAAACAAUUGUAAGGCUGAAAAGGCAUAUAUGGCAAACUGGAAAUACUACUCUGGCUUCAUCGUGCUGUUGCUACUUCUCUUGGCUACCCAAGAGAAGGUAGUGGUGCGCGUAGAAGCAAGGCUGUGCGAGUCGCAAAGCCAUGGGUUCAAGGGGCAGUGCUGGAGUGACCACAACUGUGGUAUUGUGUGCAGGAACGAAGGUUUCGCUGGUGGUCAUUGCCGAGGCUUCCGCCGUCGCUGUUUCUGCACUAGGAAUUGUUGAUCAUGCAUCUCUCUCUCUUUCUGUAUAAAGUAUCAUAUCUGUGGAAAUAUGGAACAAAUAAAAUAGAAUAUAUAAUAAUGUAACAGCAUGCAUGCACUAGCAGUAGCAGCUGAGCUACUGCUGGCUGGCUGGCUACAUCCAUAUCCAUAGCUAUUGCAUCCGCAUGUGUGUUCCAAAUAAAGGAAUUAUGUGCUUUUUAGUUAUCAAUAAACAUGAAUAAAUAAAUAUCUUUGU